AUGCCUUCUCGACUUCCCGUCUCUCUUUCUCGUGUCGGCCUUCGUGGCCUUGGCUCAAUUCGCACUCUCACAACCACACCAACCCGUCAAAACACUGGGGUACCACCACACCCACCGCCACAGCAACCGAGCGGGUACAAAGAAGGAAUGUCCCGCUACAAGCUCUUUGCAAGCCCCUUCGCCAAGGUCUUUCUGGGCGCCGUCUUCACGUAUCAGGUCAUCUACUGGACCUGGGUGAAGCUUGAAAUGGAGGAGACGAAGGAGGGGAGGAACAAGGAAGUUGCUGCGCUGGAGAAGGAGGCGAGGGAAGUUACGGGGAAGAAAUAG